AUGGCUUCAUUUUCGGACGCGCCCACCGAGGUCACUGACCAGAUCCUGAGCUAUGUCCCAGCGUCGGACCUCUACAACGUCUGCCUUGUGAACAAAGCACUGAAGCGCUCUGCUGAGCCAUUUCUUUACUCGGCCGUCUCCUUCCAGUGGGAUCAUCACUCAGUACCCCGCGUUGCUCCUCUUCUCCGCACCCUCUUGCGGAGACCUGAGCUACUCGACUAUCUGGAUACCGUGACGUUGCAAGGCCAUCUGUUCACUCAGAGAAACCCUCCGCCCCCAAUAAAUAUAUCGAACAAUUUUGUCGAUGAAUUUAUUGCUGCUAUUGAAAAAACCGGCGUGGCAUUCGCCAGCAUGUGGGUGGACAGGUUGAGGUCGCCCAACACAUGCAUGUACGCAAUGGUUGCCCUCUUGAUCGCAAAGCUUCCCAACACUACUCAUCUCACGGUCGGCCACCCUUAUAUAAACGGCCAAUCGCUCGUGCCUAAAGUUCUCGGGGCCAAGAUAUUCGGCCAACUACCUGCGUUUGAACGACUGGAAGAACUCCGGUAUCUGAAGCGAUGCGAUAUCUCAUCUUUCGACAACAACCAUAUCUUCUCGGAUACCAUAAAUCUCUUCUACCUGCCAACAGUCACACAUAUCGAGGUCUCAAUGACAAAUCCCCAAGUUUUCCAAUGGCCAGCAGGCGAGCCGAACCUAGACCAUCUCACCUCACUCAAGAUCGGAUGGCUUACUGAAGACUUCUUAGCCAAGAUCUUUGCACGUACCCGAAAUUUGAGAUCACUUCACUGGACUUGGGAACACCACGGUGAUAGGUUUGGUCCUUGGGAAACGACUGUCCUUGACUUUCAAAAGAUCAUGGGCGUCUUGGAGUCUCUCAAAGCCUCACUAGAGAAGCUUACAUUGGAGCUGUACCUCGGACUCGAUGACGAGUUGGCCGAUAAUCUCAGGAUGACCGUCGAGGGAAAUCUGCGCCAUCUACGCUACUUCCCCCGGAUCACACACCUAGACGUCCCAUUGACAUCGCGCUCAGCGGCCAACUCCGACCCUCUACCGCUGGCGGACUAUGCUCCCGCUAACAUCGAGGUUCUUACUCUUUCUGGAAGUGCUUUGGUUGAUGAUGAAUGUCCGCAUGGGUGGGAUGGGUGGGUAGAGCGGGCUGAAUUCAAGGACCUAGUUCCAUUGAUCAAGGAUUUAGCUAAUCCUUAUCGUCCAAGGGGGUUGCAGCGUGUUGAAAUUAUCGAUGAUCAUGGUGGUAAUAUUCGACGUGCGAUAGGAGGGCAGAUUGAAGGGCUCGAUCUUGGUUUCAGAGUUGAGAUCAUUUAG